UCUAUGUAUGGGAAUGCCGUAUAUUUAUAUUAAGGUCAUCGGUGAAAACGUCUGUAAUAUAUUGCCUGGGAGUUAACAUUCCCGUUUACAUGCUUAAGAUAUUGCUAUUGCUCACCAUUCUGGAGUUUUAUAUCAAGUUUUGGACUAAACAUACCUUCUAUGGAAUUUAUAGAAUCGUGUCAGUGGAAAUGGUCACUGGAACUAUAUUGAGCAAAAAGUGUUUAAAGCAUUAUAUGCGAGUGUCUACAGGUGGCAACGCUAUGUAAAUAAAUAGUAAGUACCGUGAUUUAAUUUCGAGACAGCAUUAAGUGGCGGGUAAUGGAUAAGGCGAGUGAAAUGAUUUAUUAAAUCACGAAAUUUGAUUUGCUUUUAAAUACAUAUUCUAUUUCGAGUCUUGUUAACUGGAUUUCGUAUUUGUUUCCAUGGGAAUCAUUGUUGUAGGGAAUAUGUUGACGAUUUGUUGUCGGAUAACGGGCAAAGACAAUUACUGGCGGAACGUUUCAGCCAUAUAUACUGUAUACACGUGUAGUCAAGAUGACCAGUGACUUGUAUUGUUUGUGAAAUAAUACAAAUACUUCCAAGUCGUUCAGUCGCGAUGUGUUCACAUACAAAUCAACGCAGGUCACUUGCCAAUAUGUUCUUCCAAAGUUGACAUAGAUUCUAUUUAGAAGUAUUUGCAAAUACAAAUGUAUAUCAAUAUAAUUAUCCUCGUACAAUGUGCUCAUAGCUUAUAGAAACACGAAACUACCUACUCAUAUUGAUAAUAAAUUGUGCCAAAGUGGACAGAAAUGACCAACCGUACAUACGUCCGUCCGUACAGUGCGGGUGUCGAGGUUAAGAGGCCCCGGCCGAAGCGUUUUGAUGUUAUAUUCGAUGAGGCCCCUCCACCAACCCCAGAGGGGAUACAUAAUGGAUUGAGGCCACAUGGAGGGUACAGGGGAGCUAAGCCGUUACCUCCGGGCCAGUUUUCAUUUAACAAGAAUGAGUCCUAUUUGCAAGAUAUCGAGGAUGAGUAUCACAUUCUAGUCAACCAAGAGAAUACGGAGCAGCAUGGCGCCCCCUACUGGGUUCCGGGCGUACAGAGGGAGAUCACUCACAGCGGAGAGUCGCCCCUCUUCACCAAUAAGCUAUUUCCUACUGGCAAAUUCGAACAAGAGCACGGGGUAGUCAGCUACGAACGUGCGCUGCUAAGCAGCGGGACCGGCAAACGCCGGCUGAUGUCGGCGCCCCGUCGGCGGCACGUUAACGGCAAGCGGGAAUUCUAUCGACCAAACAGUACCCACCAAUACCUGUCGGCGACCGAUCUGAGAAACAUGAAUGAGAAUGAAGAGAACAUGAUCAAAUAUGGCCGCCCCACAAGAACCACGUUACUGCGGGCUAGACAACAGAGGACAAACUCGGCGCCCGUCAACGCCUACGACAUACGCAGGGAAAAUAACAGACGAGCCGAGGAAGUCCGAAAUCAUUCGAUUUUCCAAACCUCGAAAGAUGUAUUUGAAAGGGAGCAAACUCGUAUAAGUUACAGGUACCUAAACAUCUAUGCAUCAGACGGGGAGACGGUGCAUUCCUUUCUCACCGGAGCAAGAUAUAACAGGGCACGUCUCCUGGAUUCCAAGGGCCUUACAGUGUACGGUGUCUAUAUGCCGAGGGAGAACCCUACCGACUGUUUUAUCACGGGGUCGCGGCGUUUCAAGGACCACGGUGAAGAAAUUCCUUCAGCCCCACCGGAUUCGCCUCGUUCGGAAACGGACGAGACACUGUCGCCUUCCAUGUCACGGUCACCGUCCUCUAGACCUGUUGUCAUUCACUCGAGGCCCGGCACAAGCAACCGUCCAUCCACAAAACAGUCGUCAAGACCUCCGUCCAACAGGAGGUCCCGGGGUGGCUCCUCCCGUCCAAUCAGCGGAAGCGGAACCGGCAGCAUGCGCUCCCAACCGCGGCCCCCGGAAAGUCCGAGGCGGGAGUUGCCCCUUCCCAACGAGGUCACACUGGAGAUGCCCGACCAUAUCAAUAAAGGAAAAUCAGGCGUGUAUGUAACUCUGAAGGGUCAGAAGAUGAUAGAAUCAGUGGACUCCAAGCUUCCGAGAGUGACAGGCGUCUCUCUGCCCAAGAUCAACAAGCCUCGUGAUCAUAUGGAUGAGAUGAUGUUCGCCAAUCAGCCACCGCCGACACCGGUCGAUACCUCCAUAGCGGAAACAGAAAAGCACAGGCCUGAAAAGGUGGCAAGCGAACGCUCAAUAGAUCAGAAUGAUGAAAAUAUCAAAGCGGUGGAAAAGGAGACUGCUAAACAGGUUGCUGAUGGUGGUGGAAGGAAGGAAUUUAAUGUAAAUGGUGAUGUAUCUGAGAAUGAGAAAAAAGGUGACAAACAAGAGAAUGUUGGUGAAAAAGGAGAUAACAAAGAAAAUGAAAAGGUUAUAAGUGAAACUAUAGUUGUAGAAAAUAAACUAACGGAUAAUAAAUCUAUGGAAAUUGGUCCAAUUAAGAAAGUGAACUUUAGUGAUCUCCAGACACCAGAAGAUUUAACUCAGGAAAUUACAGAACGCAAGGACAUUGGUGAUUUGCCUGACGAUGACGAAAAAGUAACAGAACAAGUAAUUGAAAAUGCAAAGAAAGAUGAUAAUGUUGUUUUCUUUGUAACUGAAGGGGAAAAAGAGGAACAAGAAGAGAUGGAUGACAAAGAGACCGAUAUUGAAACAGUUAAAGUUGCUGCGACAAAGGACAGUGAGAACAGUGGGCAAGUCGAGAGUCGCGAUCAGACUGAAUCUAAUGAUAACAACAGUACUAAUGAAACAGAAAACACUGUUGAAGAUGUGAUAAAAGUGGAAAUAUCUGAAACUGAAAAGAAGGAACUAGUGGCUAAUGAUGGGGAUGAUGAAAAUGAUGAACAGCAGCCGGUUACGUCAGAGGAUUACCCAUUUGGUGAUAAGAAAUAGAACUGUGUUAGUGAUAUUGUUUGUAGGAAAUGAGCAAUAGUAGUAAGAGGGAUGGUUUAUUAUUAAAUAUUGCUACGGAAUGCCUUGUAAACUUGAAUUGUAUUUUAACUGCUUGUUGCCAAUAGGGCAUAUGUUUAAUGGGUAUUGUCUAUUAUGUAUGUGGCUAUACUUGUGCCAAAUCAUUAUAAAACCAACAUAUUUAUUUUAGAAUGUUUCAUGUGCCAACGAGAUUGCAGACGACAAACUGGCACUUUGCCUGGUAUCUCAACGGUGAAGCAUGUGCCUUAAGUAAUCUGCCACAAAUAAGUUCUAUGAUAGCUUUAUUAACCUGUAUUAGUACAUUAAAUGUUGAUACCUAAUGACUCCAUUUCAAAGUAUUUGCUUACUGAUUUCUAGUAUAAAAAGUGCAUCAUAAGAAAAAUUAAAACCGUUUGUAUAUACACUCCUUCAUACAAUUGAAUUCGGACGUAAUGACAUAUAAUAUGUGCUCAACAGGCAACUAAAACUCACGUAUGUGUGGGCCGGGCAUCUUAAUGUGGACUAACUGCAUCUAUUCGUUAUUUCAUUGGUGACGGAACUGACCAAUCGCUACUUCUCGGCCAUUUCCGUAUUUGUUCGGAAGUAUAACUCAUAAGUAAUAACCAGAUUCUGGUAUUAACCUAUCCACAUUGUACUGCUGUCUAACUUCUUAUAAACAUUACUUAUCCAUUGAACAACUUGCAUAAACCACAUAAUAAUGGAUAAAUCCUUAAUUUGUUUGUCAUGUACCGUGACUAGCUGUCUAUUUUCAAUAUGGCGUCCUACAUAUUACUACUAGGUAUGUUUUAAAACAUGUAGCCAAACUUGUUUCGGUAAAAAAACUUACAUAUACUAUCAAUGAAUCGUCAUAAGUGAUACAUAUAGUUUACAUUUUUCUUAGAAUAAUGAUUUUGUUAUUAUUUUAAUAAAUAUUUGUGAAAUUCAAUGUCUACUGUAGUCUGUUCAUGAAUGUUCAUUUGUGGUUUACCUUUGUUAGAAUGGAUAAACUUAAUAAAGAAAAGAACUGAUAUGCAAUUAAUCAUUGAACAAUUUUUAAGUCUAUUUUAUGCAGGGAUUUUGUAUAUUUAUACGGCAAACGCUUAUUGAUUUACAUUGGUAAAAUAACUUUGUACGGUCAUUCGGAACUCUUCGGCCACUUUUAUCGAAAACAACCCCGAAUACAUCAGUUGAGGAAGUUCGUAAAUUUUUAAAUUACAUGUAUAUCAUUAAUUAAAUAUAGUGUGUAUUUAUUGAUCUAAGUUUAAAUUGAUUGUCAGUGAAGUGUAUAAUUGCAUACAUUAUUUAGAUUCCCAACAGUUAAGUCAAAAAGUUAAAAUGCUUAAUAAAAGAACAAUGCGAUCUACUUGCAGCGAACUUAAACGUACCACUUUUUGAGCAUGUAAACCGUCCAAAUUCACCCGAGGUUGUUUUCGAUGAAAAAUGGCCGAGGAGCUCCGAAUGUUUGUACGAUAUGCCGACGACACACAUACUUGUAUAUACACAGUAUGGUCCUCAUAGAUAUUUUCUUUGCAAUUGUUAAUCAUUCAAGGUUUCAAGGGAAACACAAUAUAAUCUUUAGAAGAUUUAUGUUUCGUAAUUAUUUUUUUUGUACAUUUUGUAUACGUAAUAAAACUAGAAAACGAAAUGUUAUACUAAAAGAAAUAAAAGAAAUAAAUGUUU